GAGCGGAUGAGCGCGUUUGUGCUUCGCGUGCUGCGAAAUUACGCGGCUCCAGUGAUUGACCCUGAAGAUGUUUCUGUCAACGAUAUCAAUGUGAUACCGAAACCCAAAAUGCCGACUUCUGUCAACGAUAUCAACGUACGGAGGGAUCUAAGCCUGCUCGAUCGCGUAGAGCUAAUAUUUGCGAGACAAGUUCAGCUUCUGGAGGACUUGGAGGACAGGAGGAGGGAUAGAAAAAG